AAAUAUUCCUUUACAUCAGCUGUUUGCUUUUUUGUGUUGAAUUUUUUUGGACGGCUGCGUAACAUUUCCGCAUGGAUAUUUGUUUAAUAAAAUGUUGAGAUUUCGCAAAUGAGUUCAAAAAAAGGCAUAUUUUGUAGUCACACAAAGAGUAACAUAAACAAGAGAUCGCAAUCUUAAACAAAGGUUAGCGUUCAGCUGGUGCGCUCUUCAUAAUAAUUAGCUUUUUACAAGCAAAUCAACAUAGUCCAAUUGACUGUUAGUUAACUAAAAAAACAACAAUAAUAGCAAAGAAUUCAAAAAAUAUGGCUUUAGUAGAUGUCGACUCUUGGGCCACUGAAUAUGAGUCUUGUUCCCGCCUUAGUCAUGCGUUACUUGAUAAGUUGAAUCAUCGAGAUCGUUGCCAGAAUCCUUCCUUGGAGUAUAAUCGUUUAACUUCAUCCAUAAAAGUCGGCCUGAAACAGUUUGAUAAUGAAUUGCAGCAGUUGAAAAGUAAAUUGAAUGACGCAGUACUAGAAGGAGCAAUAACUUUCGAAGAAAGCGAACGACGCCAACGCCAAGUGGCUACAUUGCAAUCGCAACGACAACAAAUUCAAAAAAAAUACAUAGAUAAUUGUUCUGCAGUAGCGCAAUCGGGAAUGGGUGUCACCGCUUUUAGCGGCAUUAGAUCAUCAGGUAGAACGGCAGAUGCCGAUUUUGGUGACGCUGAAAAUGAUAGCGAUGUUGCUCCUAUCAUUGAUACCAGCGAUGUAGAAGCAUUAAAACAACAUCAGAUCGCCAUAUUAGAACAGCAAAACCAUGGUCUUGAUAUACUUUCUCAAACAAUAUCAAGACAACGAGCUUUAGCCACUCAGUUGGGGCAAGAAGUGGAAGAUCAAAAUGAGAUUCUUGAUAAUUUGGCCGUGACUAUGGAACGAGUUGAGACGGGCGUUGGCCACGAAACGCAUAACAUCACUUUGGUUAACCGUACAGAUAACAAAACUUGGUGUUAUUGGCUGGUAAUCAUCGUGUUAUUUAUUGCCAUAGUUAUCGUUGCAUUAAUAUAGAAGGAAAAUAUCGAUGUGAUUACAUACACAUUAUACUUCGCUAGUAGUGCUAUUUUUCCAUCUUACAUCGUUCCACUUACGUAUCUCCAAAGAUGUUUUUAUGUAUAUAAUCUUGUUGCCAAUGUAAUGUGUUUCCGGAAAA